CUCAAGGCUCUUUUAUAAUACAUCCCUCCAUUAAACUUCAAUCAACAACUUCUUUUUUACACAAUGAAGGCCGCAAUUCUAUCCAUCUUCGUCGCCGCUUCCGCAGCUUUUCAGGGAUCGAAUGAUGCCACCAACGAAAUCACGGCUGACAAUAUCUGCGGAGAAUUGGGAGCCAUCAACCUUGGCCCCAACGAGCUUCCCGGCCAUGUCUCUCUCGAAGACGUCCGCACGUGUGCUCAGCACCCCCUAGGCCGCAACCGCACUCUCGAUCUCUCGGACGAGGCGUCAGUUCCGCCUGCCUACGUCAACCAAAGCAUGGCUGGCAAUGAAAUAACUUCGCAUGUCCGCCGUUUAGCUCAAGAUUCCUGUUAUUUUGGGGCACCUUACGGCUGUAGCAAAGGCUAUUGUUGGAAGGCCUGCGGUUCAACACCCGGUAAAUGGUGCUGGACUGCAGCUGGUGGCGGUUACGGCAAAUGGAAUCAAUGUGCAAGUUAUGAAGACUGUGGCACUGAUGAUGCUCGAUUUUCCUGUGGUGCCUUUUGCGGGAAACAUUGCGGAUGCAGCUGUUAAACCAUGAUUGUGGGCGGCCCCUGUCUUGGGGGGUUUGGCUUGUGACGGAUACGCCAGGGUGAAUUGUUGGGUGAAUUGUUGGCUCAAGCAAUUACUACAUACUCUCUUAAAGUCUUAAAGCUGUAGCAUAGACACUUGACUAGCAUGUCACAAAUAGACUACCUUGUAACUCGA